AUGUCCUAUUUCAAGACUGAAUACCAGCGGUUCCUGGAUAACCCCAGGUCUGCUAAAUUGGCCGACGAUGUCUCCUUGAUCUACGUUCCUACCACGACCAAGUUCGAGAAGGCCGACAAUGUCAUCACUCAUAUGUUGAAGAACGCGAAUAUUGUCAAGACGAUAUCGAAUCAGAUCAUCAGCGCCAUUGAAGGAUCAGACUCGCUAUGCCUAGACAUGGAGACAACCCUCGAAUUCACCGAGGGUGGUGGGGUUUAUCUCCCCUCGCUCGACGAUAAUUUCCUGGCCGACCGUGUUGCGACUUUCCCCACGAUUCACAUCGUCCACUUCGACUCCAAUCAGUUAAUCAAGCAGGUCCGCAUUUACUGGGACCAGGCCUCAUUGCUGAAGCAAGUUGAGGUUAUCGGAGCGCGCGGACGCCAAUGGCCCAUUCGUGAGGGAAAAGAUCAAGUUCGUCUCCUCAAAACCGCCGAGACGGCGCGUGUGGCACCCUCGCAGCCUCUUUCCGAAAAUAAGACGGAGACCAAACUCACCGACCGCUCCUCAUCCCCAGGCAAGCGCCGCUUUAAGGAUCCCUACUCAGCCAACUCCCUGACUGAGCUCCUCUCGCCGGGCAAGGAGGUAACUGAACGCGAAGGCCGUGCGGAAACCACCAGACCCGCUGCCAGCAAGAAAUAUACCCAAGACCCCUACGGAGCAGGUUCCUUGACUGAGCUUCUGUCCCCCAGCAAGAAGGGUCCUGCCCCUGUGGCCCCCUUUGCGCCUUCGGCUGGGCGACCUGCCCCUCGCAAUUUCAGCGAUAUAUUUGUGAGGGAUGACGGUACAGCCGACGAGUCCAGGAAAGGACCUGUUGACGAAGAUCGUCAUUUCUACAAAUCUGCCCCUGGAAAAUACAACCACUUCGAGAUCGGCGGCGACAACACGGAGCGCGAGACCAAGGCAGAAGUCAAGCAAGCCAAGACCCCCCACUCAACCCACUGGGAAUUCGAUGACUUUGAGACCCCCGUGAAGGGUUCGCGCGUCGCACGUGGAGAAGAAGUGCGCCACUUUGGCUUUGGCGAUGACGAAGAAGGCACCGGAUCCCCCAAAUCCAAGCUAAACGUGAUCAAGCCCCGUCGUGACGCAGAUCGACACUUUGAGAUGACCGAUGAAGAGACUGAGGAUGACGGACGGAUCAUUAGCUCAUUCGGGGGCCGCGGCAAGCGACUCUAUGAGAACCGUCUCUUUGACGGCGACGGCAACGCCGAGCUCUCCGAGCGCGAGCAGAAGAACGAGCCUCUGGCAACAGGUGCCAACACCGCCAACCGCAACAAGAACUUUGCUUCGCAAUUCGCGCUGGGGGAUGAAUCGCCCGUUGCCAAGGAGAACACGCCCACCGAGAAGCACGAGGCUCACAAUAAGAUGAUGGAAUCUCACUGGGAUAACUACGACGAGGAGUCCCCUAAGGUCCCUACCCAAAAGCACGACGCGCACAAUAAGAUGAUGAAGUCUCACUGGGAUAACUACGAGGACCCGUCCCCUGAGCCAAUUAGGAGAAAUGCCACCGCGCAGCGCAACCCCCAAGGCCAUAACCAGCCUAGCUGGGGCCAUGGAGAUGACAACUAA